CUUCCAUCACCAUUCAACGACCACCUCCUCUUCUCUAAUAACCACCUCAUCUCCUCUUAUAUUUUCUCUCUCUCUGUAUAUCUCUUUCUCGGAAGUUUUCUCUCUCUUCCCACACAGAAAAUAAAAAAGAAGAAAUUUUCUCUCCUCCCAAACACACCAAUAAGAAGAAAAAAGUUCUCUCUUCUCACACAAUCUAAUCCGUUUUUGCAUGGCAGUUGGGUUUCUGGCUCGCGAGGUUUCAGAUCUGUGCCUUGGAAAGCCGGCGCUGAGGGCUUUACCGAUCUCCGCCACCGUCGCCGAUGCUUUGUCGGCGCUGAAGAGGUCCGGCGAGAGCUAUAUAAGCGUAUGGAGCUGUGAACAUUCGAGGUCUGAUUUUGGCGGCGGAAGUGGUGGUUGUAGAUGCGUCGGCAAGGUUUGUUUGGUUGAUGUGAUUUGUUUUCUGUGCGGAGAAAAGAAUCUGCUGAAUCCGUUGUUGGCCCUUCAAACGCCUGUUUCUGAUCUCCUUCCGAAGGUUCCUGGACUCGUCAGGCAUUUGGAACCUCAUUCUAGCUUAUUGGAGGCAAUAGAUUACAUACUUGAAGGCACCCAAAACUUGGUUGUGCCAAUUGAGAGCAAUCUAAGCAUCACUUCAAGGAAGAAGCUCCUCAACAAAACGUCCUCAUUUGUCUCCUCCACCCUCCCCAACGGGCGUGAAUAUUGUUGGCUAACUCAAGAAGACGUGGUCCGCUUCCUCCUCAACUCCAUCGGCGUCUUCUCCCCACUACCAGCAUUCACAAUCGAGUCGCUCAACAUCAUUGACACCGAUAUCAUGACUAUCUACUACGACAACCCUGCAUCCUCUGCCUUGGACUCCAUUUCUCGCCUCCUUACCGAACAAAAAUCAAUUGGAGUUGUCGAUGAAUGCAACAAAUUGAUAGGAGAAAUAUCGCCUUACACUCUUGCUUGUUGCAAUGAGGCAGUUGUUGGAGCAAUCACAACCCUUUCUGCCGGGGAUCUAAUGGCUUACAUUGACUACGGUGGUCCUCCGGAGGACUUGGUUCAGUUGAUGAAGGCAAGGUUGGAAGAGAAGAACUUGGGAGCAAUUUUGGAAUUUAUUGAGGAACUAUCUUUCUCUUCACCAUCAUCACAAUCUAGUUGUUCUUCUGAUGAAGAGUUUGGGUUGGGUAAGAGCAGUGGAGCGGGGCGGUAUACUGCGGCGAGGAGGUCGGAGGUGAUUGUUUGUUGGCCAUGGAGUUCUUUGGUGGCAGUGAUGAUUCAAGCGCUUGCACAUCGCGUGAAUUAUGCUUGGGUUGUUGAUGAGGACUAUAGUGUAGUCGGGAUUGUGACAUUCGCCGGAAUUUUGAAAGUUUUUCGGAGCAUUGCCGGAUAAAAACCCAAAGGGGAGAAUACAUUCAAGCAAUAACGGAGAUUUCUGGCAAAUUUAAGCCAAGACCAACAACUUAUUGAAAGUUCUUGAACUAUUUUGGUUUUCUUUGUUAUUUCUAUGGGAAUUUUGAUGUACUGAAUAAUGAGUUUUGAAUAUUUUAAUAUUUAUAUCACUGUUAAUAUUUUAAAUAUUUGAAAAUUUUAA